AUCCAGACAUCGCAGUAGUUGCCAAGCGAGCAGCGGAGGAGGCCGGCGGCUAGAGGGUGGCGAUGGCGCGUGCGGAACAGGAAUCGCUGGCUGCGCCGCCACUGGAGUCGACCGCGACGGCGAGACAGCGCGUCCCGUCCGUGGAGGUGCACUUGUACCGGCGGGGCGCCGGCCCGGUGGCCAUCUUCCGGUCGGACCUGGCGGGCCCUCGGCGGGACCGCCUCGACGUGCGCCGCAUCCAGGCGAGCCACGGCCUCCGGGCGCUGUUCGCCUUCAGGCCCGAGGGAUCCCGCCGCGGCCGUGGCCUCCGGAUCAGGUGCGACCCGGCCGCCGGCUACUCCGCGCUGCCCUUCCGCGACGGCGCCGCCAUCGCCCUCGAUGGCGAGCCCGGGGAGUCGUGGACGAAGCCGGUGUCGGUGAUCGUCGCCGGCCUGCUGGUGCUCGCUGUGAUGGCGGCGGUUGCGGCCAACGGGGUGCCGGAGCCGCUGCGGUCGUCGAGGCUGGCCAACGGGAUCUUUGCGCCGUGGAUCCUCUUCAGCGCCGUCAUCAUCUUCGCUCGUGCCAGGACGCGGCCAAGGGCUCCAUGAAUUUGCUAGAGAGCACGCUGCCGCCAGUUUCUUAUGUACUUACUUUCCCAUAUCAACCAUGUUAGAAUGUAGGAAUUUGCUAACGAUUCCAAUUAUCACCGGAUUUUGUUUGUGUUUGCUGACGGCACGUUAUCUGAAAUGCUAUAGAUUCA